UUCAAGAGAAGCUGCAAGGCAAGAGAAAGACUGCUGACAUACCAACAAAAUAAUGGGGCCGGUCAUGUUAAAAAACUGCUGCAGGAGGUGCCAACAAGGUGGAACUCUACUCUGUGUAUGUUGGAGCGAAUAGUUGAAAUUAAAGAUGCAGUGAAGACUUCACUUGUACUAUUCACAGUUGAUUUUGAACAACUCACAGACGAGGAAUGGAACAUCUGCUCAGAACUCUGUUCUGUGUUGAAGCCAUUUGCACAGGUUUCAACACAGCUUAGUGCUGAGUCAUAUCCUACUGGCAGCCAAGUUAUUGUUCUGAAAAGGGGAUUAUUAUCAGUGUGUGCAGAACUUUUGAAAAGGCCAUUUAACAGUGUGACAAGGACUAUCAUUGAAGAAUUAACAAAAGGCCUGACGGACCGUUUCCACAAUGUAGAGAUGAGCAAGUAGCCACUCUACUAGAUCCACGCUUUAAAUCUCUCGUGUUUGAAAGCCGAGUUGCAGCAGAUAAUGCAAAGAAACAGCUUAUUGAACUAGUAGCACAAAAGAUGGGUGACAGAAGACUGACAAACACAGGCCAGAGCCAUGAAACUGUGUCAACUUCAACCACCACUGAUCCCUUGUCAGUAUGGGGUGUCUAUGAUGCAAUUGUAAAAUCAACACAGCCCCAGGGCACUCCUCAGUCAGCUGCUAUUGUGGAAGUACAAAGGUACAUGGACAGCCCAGUUAUUAGUAGA